UGUUCAGUUGUUCUUGUGUGAACCCAAAAUCACAAAGCGUUUCUUCUCUUAAAUUUCACAAUAACUACGCACUAACUUCAUCUUCUUCCGGAAACUCUACAGUUUCAGAUCGAACACUCAAAUCUUCGACGCAACGUCGUCGUUUUCACUUCGCUGAUUUCUCUUUAACUUAAGAGAACACUGUACCUGAAAAAGGCUGCAUCUUUUUUUAUAUAUUUCCGGAGUGCAAAAUAAAAUUUCUUCGGUUGCAGUUACUGCUAGGGUUUCUCGCGUUCUUUAGCUGUGAUUUUUUCGUGAAAUGGCGACAAGAAAGGAAGAAGAGAGGAACGAGAAAAUCAUCAGAGGUCUUAUGAAGCUUCCGCCCAAUCGAAAAUGCAUCAACUGUAACAGUCUGGGCCCGCAAUAUGUUUGUACCAACUUUUGGACCUUCGUUUGCAUGACUUGCAGUGGAAUCCAUCGUGAGUUUACCCAUCGUGUGAAGUCUGUAUCUAUGGCAAAGUUCACAUCACAGGAAGUUGAUUCUCUUCAGAAUGCGGGUAACCAGCGUGCACGGGAAAUAUAUUUGAAAAAUUGGGACUUCCAGAGGCAACGGCUGCCAGAUAGCAGCAAUGUCGAUAAAAUAAGGGAGUUUAUAAGGCAUGUAUACGUCGAUCGAAGAUAUGCUGCAACCAAAUCUUCUGACAAGCCUCCAAGAGAUAUGCAGAACCCUAGAAUCAAUGAAGAUGAUACACGGCGUGCUAGUUCUUAUCACUCCUAUUCACAAAGCCCUCCAUAUGAUUACCAAUAUGAAGAUCGACGGUAUGGGAAACAAGCAGCUGCAUUGACCAGGAAGCCUGGUUCAGAUAAAGUUCGCUAUGAAGGAAAGAUGAGUAGUAUUAUCUAUAGUCCUGGACGCUUCAGUGAUCAUGCCUAUGAGGAUAGAUUUGCCAAUGAGGGAUCUGGUCCGAGAAUUUCUGACUUUUCUGUGUCCAGUGGGGGUGAGCAAUUCAAAUCUGAGGUUCAGUCUCCCAACUUUCAUAAGGAUAUUGGAUUUCAUAGUCCACCCUAUCGGCAUUCAGGUCACCAUUCAAGUGAAGAUGUCUGGGCUUUUGCAAGGAAUACAUCUCUGGAAACUAAUGCUAAGAGAGAUAUGGAAGGAAUUCGGCUUCCGCAGAGGACUGCUUCACUGGGAUCAAUGGACAGCAACCUGUCAUCUUUCAGAUCUCACAAUUCUGGUGGUUUAGUUGAUUUUUUCUCUGAACCUGUCCAAGCUUUUGAACCGCUACAGAGUAAAGUUUCUUGUGUUCCCCAACCACCUGGUCCAGCAGGUUCUACUAGCUCUGAUAUUUCCAACACACCUGUUGCAGCAGAACCAUCCAUUGAUCUUUUUCAGUUGCCAGGAGCACCCUCUCAGUCUACAUCAGUGGAUCUGUUUCAAUCAGCUGUUUUGUCUGCAGUUCCAUAUUCCAAUGAGAGUCAACCAACACAAACUUCCCAACCUUCAUCAGUUGACUUUUUUGCAGACCUUUCUCAGCAGCCAUCAACUGCAACCUCAGAUGAAAAGUCAUUGGAGUUAUCUGCCCCUAAAAAUGAAGGUUGGGCAACAUUUGAUAUGCCUCAGUACACAGCAUCUACUGCAAAAGUUGAAACUCCAGCAGUACUGCCAUCAGCUGCUGACACAUUGCAGGACAGAUUUGAUCCAUUCUUGAACUUGAAUGGAAAUAUGCAAUGGCCUUCAUUUGAAACUUCUGGUGUUAAUGUUCCUUCUUCAGUUACAUCUAAUGUAUGGCAUGAUGGUGCAUGGAAUGGAGAAGAACAAGUUUCUGUGACAGCAACAAGCACUCAAUCUGAACAGCCUUGGAGUGCAUUUGAAGAUUCCGUUACCCCGGCUUCUGCAGAUGGCCUUAAUCAGGGAUUACAACUGCAAAAUCUUCCAUCAACUGAUGAUCAAUGUUUAGAUUUAAGAGCUUCUGAGGGGUGCAAUGAAGGUGGGAUGCAAGGCAUUGCCCCUAUUGGCGGGUUUGAUGAUCAUGAAAUCUCAUCAAAUUUUAGUGGUGGCUCAGCAUAUCCUCCCUCUGCAAUUCCCCCUAUGGGAGAGAGUCAACCUAAUGGAAACAGUCAUAAAUCAACUAAUCCAUUUGAUUUUCUUGAUGAUGCUGAUGUAUCAGAUGUAGAGCACAGUAAUAUGUUUCUUGAUCUUAGCUCAUUGCAAGCUGCUCUGCCCGAUGCACAGUUACAACCUACUUUCCAUAGUGGUAUUGCCGAACCAUGGCUUCCUCAAAAUUCAGUUAACUCCUACAUCUCCUCUGCUGGACAAGGUGGUGGUUUGACAUUCUUGGCUGCUCAACCACCAAGUUCUCAAAUAUCGAAUAUCCAGACGCAGGAACCGGUUGCAUCUUUUGGGGGAAAUCCUUUUGCAUAAGAUUUGGCUGUAGAAUAUAGCGUCAAUCUUAUAGAAUUUGAUGGAUAGAGAAGCAUAGUUAAUUGUGAGAGAUUUUAAAUGCUUCUUAUUUUCAGAUUCGAAUGAUUGUUCAAUUGUUUGAUUACUUCCCACGGAAAGGAAGGCCUUGCAAUAUUCAUAGUCCCAGCUAUACACGGGCAAUGCAUCUGUAUUUUUUGUAACUGAUGGCAUUGUAAUUAUAGUUCUUGAUGUUUAAUGUUCUGGCAGGUAUUGAACGUGACAUCAAAGUGGGUUUAGUACUUUAGUUUGAGACUUUUGAGGGUGUUUGACUUUGUAAUUUUAGUUGUAAUUGUAAUUGUAAUUGUAAUUGUAAUUUUGUGUUUUAAGAGCAUCAUUCCGUUGUGAUGCUCAUACCCAUUCUAUGUAGAAUUGUAAGCUUGGUUAGGACAAUCGGAUUGAAUUUAUAUUGUUACAUCUUCAAAGUACUCCUAUGGUUCUAAAUAACCGCCUUGGAAGAAAUCAUAUUUAAAAAA